AUGAAGGUCGCCAUACUUCUCUCGUUCUUACCGCUGGCAUUCGCUGCUCCAGCUCACAUUGAGAAACGCGCUGGGCCUACAGUCGUUGCUCCCUCCCCACAAGCUACAGUGCUCGGUAAGAGCGCCCUCAACGUAGAGUCCUUUAAUGCGAUUCCCUACGCCCAGCCUCCGGUCGGACAACUGCGGCUCAAGCCACCUCAGCCACUGACCUCCAGCCUGGGUACGAUCGAUGGUACUGGUAUCGCCAGAGCAUGCCCUCAAUUCUUCUUCUCGGUCGAUCCGGCAGCAUUCCCCACUAAUGUCAUUGGCACCAUCCUGAACACACCGCUCUUUCAGGCUGUGUCCAAUGCUGGAGAAGACUGCUUGACCAUCAAUGUGCAGCGGCCUGCAGGUACUGCGGCGAACGCCAAGUUACCGGUGCUUUUCUGGAUCUUUGGUGGUGGAUUCGAAUUAGGCGGGACUGCGAUGUACGAUGGCACUUCAAUUGUAGCCGAUUCUGUUGCUCAGGGCAAGCCAGUAAUCUUCGUGGCGGUCAACUACCGCGUCGGAGGCUUUGGCUUUCUUCCUGGUAAGGAGAUCCUCGCAGAUGGAUCUUCCAACCUGGGUCUGCUUGAUCAGCGCCUGGGUCUACAGUGGGUUGCAGACAAUAUCGCUGCAUUCGGCGGUGAUCCCGACAAGGUUACUAUCUGGGGCGAGAGCGCUGGUGCAAUCUCAGUCCUUGACCAGAUGCUACUGUACAACGGAGACCACACUUACAAGGGCAAGGCGCUAUUCAGAGGCGGAAUCAUGAACAGCGGUUCCGUUGUGCCUGCGGACCCCGUUGAUUGCCCCAAGGGCCAGCUGGUUUACGAUACGGUGGUCAAGGCUGCUGGCUGCUCGGGUUCAUCCGACACCCUCGCCUGUCUUCGCCAAGUUCCCUACAACAUGUACCUCCAGGCCGCCAAUUCCGUUUCUGGUAUUAUAAGUUACACCACUGUGAAUCUCUCAUACCUGCCUCGUCCAGACGGCAAGGUCAUUACUCAAUCGCCCGAGCUCCUUGUUGCAUCCGGCAAGUAUGCAAAGGUCCCCUUCAUAGUCGGGAACCAAGAAGACGAGGGCACGCUCUUCGGUCUCUUCACAUCGAACAUUACGACUACCCGCGAACUAUCAACGUAUCUCUCAACCGUCUUCUUCAACAACGCGCGGCCCGCGCAGAUUGAUGAACUCAUCGGCACCUAUCAAACCACCACUGAGGACGGCAGUCCAUUCCGCACCGGUGUACUGUGGAACUGGUACCCACAGUUCAAGCGCGUCUCCGCCAUCCUCGGCGAUCUGACAUUUACGCUCACGCGCCGCAUAUUCCUCGAAGUGACUUCGCAGGUCAACCCAGGCGUAAAAUCAUGGUCCUACCUCGCGACUUACAACUACGGUACGCCGUUCCUGGGUACCUUCCACGGCUCAGACCUGUUGCAGGUCUUCUACGGCGUCUUGCCCAACAACGCAGCCAAGUCCAUCAGGGGCUACUACUUCAACUUCGUCUACAACCUCGAUCCCAAUGUCGGCAUCUCGCUGCCGAACUGGCCGCAAUGGAGCACGAGCAAGAAGCUCAUCGAGUUCAGAGCGAACAGCAACGCGCAGCUGGACGACAAUUUCAGGUCGGACACGUAUGACUUUUUGAAGACGAACGUGAACUCUUUCCGUAUCUAA